UCUCUCUGCCUUGAGGACGCCUGCUGUUCGGUGGCUGCUUGAGUCGGAUUGUCCAUUUCCGUGCUCCAAGUUCAGUUAUCUGUGCUUCGAUUUGAUGCUUUUACUUGUUGCCUACGACUAGUUGCUAUGCGCGAUCUAGCUAUUCGGUGCUUGCUUGCACGCGUCUCAUGGUGUCACAGCGCACAAAUGACAGCAGAGCAGAGCAGAAGCUUAGAGUUCAGUUUCUUAUGCGGGGCUGGGCCGGUUCGGCUGGCUUGAGUUUCAUGCUUUCGCUCAUCGCGUAGCCAUCCGGCUACGGAUUGCUCUAUGGGACCUAACUUUUUGGUGCUUGCAUACAUGUCAUGGCGUUGCAUCCUAGCUAGAUUGAUAAGGAACAGAGUAGAUGCUACAGUUUUCGUCUGGUGGGAUGGGAGCAAUAGUGUCUCAGUAAUAGCUGUCUAUGUCUGCCUUGUCUAGAGAAUUCCUGGUAGCUAGGUUAGCAAAGUAGAUCACAUACUUGCUGAGCAUGAUUGGUUGGCGGCUUGGCGCCAAGCGCUAGAUGGCCGUUGGCGCGUGAAAAGGUCGGGCUGGUCCCUGCAGCUUCAUAUUAGUUGAUGCGUCCGCAUCUCGUGUUUGAGUUAUUAAACAUGCUCUAACCAGUUAUUUAAUAUGCUUGCAUUGUCUGGGGACAACCUUGUGUGAUUUGAUGCAUGGCAUAGUAUUACAGUGCCGAAACGGUCGAAUAUUCAGUAUGUUAGAUCUUUCCUUCGGUUCCAGUAUUAGUGCGUACUAAUUAGUUCUGGUUGCCUGCAUAGCCGUUUACGCUCGCUACACGACAGAGCAAGUUACGUACUUGCUAAACGUGUUUGGUCGGUGCUGAGUGUUGGAUAACUGUCCAUUUAUGUGCUCAGAUUUCACCCUUCUGCGUUCAAGCUUGUCCAUGCUACUCCAGAUAACUGCUUUUAUUUGUCAACCAUGCCUUGCACAUCAAAGUUAAUAUGUAUGCAUCUAACUACUACAUACUACAUAUUUCCAUAUUCUGGAAACAACCUUAUAUGCUAACCAUUUGAACAACAACAACAACUAAGCCUUUAGUCCCAAACAACCUUAUAUGAUAAGGGUUUGAAGUCGAGUAAAAAUAAAUAGUUUUCUUUAGUGCAAGUAUUGAUGUGGUAAAAAUCAACUUUGAGUGCCUGUCUAGUGCAGUGCGGUCUGCCAGCUGGAUAACAUAGUAAGUUGCAUACUGACUAAACAAAUGUUACAAGUUUGAUGUGCUGAGUGCUACUGACUAACGCUGCUUACCUAAUAGGCACAACAAGCUUUGUGCACAAGCUGUCAUCAUCCAUCCAUUCUCAAGACUAAUAUGGCGAUGCCAUAAGGUGCUUUUAAUGCCAUGGGAUUAUACUAUGGCCUUGAUGUUGCUGCAUUCGGUAUGUCCGUUAUGGAGAUUCCGAGAGCAACAAUGGCAGUUUACAACCAGGCCACAAUGCUAAUCUUUGUCGCAGCAGCAGCAGCAGCAGCAGCAUCAUUAGCUUCUCUCCACCAUUGUUCGCUGCUGAGCCCUUAUGUGGCCGCACCAGCAGUAUUCCUGGUUGGAGCAACGAUGUGAAGCUGCAUGGGUAAAGAGUCACAAAGGUCCAUUUCACUUACCCUUGUGGAUAACAUGGCUCGUUUUGAAGUUACUUUUGUGCUAGCAUAAUCUAACUAGCUAGGUUAAGCUAUACUCUAAAUCUGUAAAGAAAGUCAAUACUUAGUUUUAGUUGAGCUUUGUGUAAAAUAUGGAAAGGAAGACUGGAAUGGUACUGGAUGAACAUGUCCUGAAAGCUACUGAUCGCAAGAGGAAACAUGAGUCGUCUGUGAAGAGUACUGGCACAGAUGAUUUUGCUGAGGUCUCUCAGCAUGCUGAUGGUUCUGCUGUCCUUAAGAAGUCUAAAAUGACCUCCUCUGCUGGUGAUAUUCUGGAGUGCUAUAAGAACUUCAAGACAAGCGGUUCGCCCGUGCGCGUGCUUUGUUACCACCAGGGUAAAUGGAGGGACUUUCCAGAGCAUGUUGUGAAUCUGGUACAGCAGGACUUCCAGUUGAAGAGGCCAAUUACUAAUGCUGUAUUGAAGAACCAGCAAGUCCUGUUGGACUUUAUGCACAUGGUCUGCAUUGAUUCUUCGAUGACCACAAACAAGCCAAUAGCAUGGAUUGAUGUUCAUGGUAACCGCUUCUUUCCAGAGUUAUGUGCUGGACUGGUAACAUCUAAACCAUCUCAGCAUGGGAAAAGUGACCCCAGUGGUAAAUCUAAAGCUGGUGAGUGUGCUGGGACUUUGAUUUUGACAGCUGAAGCUGAAAGCUCGAGUUCAGAUUCUGUUGAUGCAGUACUCCCUCAUGCUAAGAAGGUUAAUAACAUACUGGAGGAAGGACAGGAGGUACAUAAUUAUGCUGCUGUUGAAAAUAAAGCUGGUCCUGCAAUCUGUUUGAAUGAACCUGCUAGUGGAAACAUACAUGCUGCUACUUAUAAGCAGAAAAUUGGCCAACCUGUUGAUUCAGCUGUGCGCAAGUUAUUGCUUGAAGGGGCAGGCCAACCUUUUAGUGAAGAAAAUAUUAUUGGCAUCUACAGAACUCCACUGGUAGAUCAGCAAGGGCGGGCUCGCUUCAAUCUUUUCCAGAAGGAACUUGAGGCCACCAAAAUGCAUCGUGGCAACGCAAAUGUGCGCUACGCGUGGCUACCUUGUUCCAAGGAUACUAUGGAGGAGAUGAUGAUGCGUGGUGUUCUGGAAGUUACAAAACCCAUGCUGGGGCCAGUGUAUGGCAUUGGUACACAUCUUGCUCCAGCGAACUGUGCCCAAACCUGCGCUAGCUACUCAGAUAUUGACGAAAAUGGCAUCAUGAGGAUGAUGCUGUGCCGUGUUAUAAUGGGUAAUGUUGAGGUUGUACUUCCUGGAUCAAAGCAAUUCCAGCCAACCAAUGAAAGAUUUGAUAGUGGUGUGGAUGAUCUUCAAAAGCCAAAGCACUAUAUCAUAUGGGAUGCUAAUGUGCAUCGACACAUCUAUGCUGAAUAUGCUGUUGUUAUCAAAGCACCUUCCAUGACCAAUGAAUACUUGGCUAGAGAAGAUACUGCAUCCAACAUAUCUGAGAUAAGAAAUUCUGGUUCAGCAGAAAGUGUAAUCAAGGACGAUAGUUCCGAAACCAUGGCAUCUCCAGCUGAUAAACAACAAGCACCCAGGUUUGGGCGUGCCCCAACUCGAAGGCCUCCUACUUCACCCUGGAUGCCCCUCCCAAUGCUUUUCGCUGCCAUCUCCACAAAAGUUCCUCGUUCUGACAUGGAUGUAAUCCAUGGACACUAUGAAGAAUUCAAGAGGAGAAAGAUAAGCAGGCCCGAGUUUGUGAGACGGCUAAGACAGAUCUUCGGCGACAAGCUGCUGGUUUCUACAGUAAUGAGGCUGCAACCUAAGGUAGUGGCACCCAUGGCAGGUGCUGAAGUGCUACCAAGAGGAGCACCCGGCACGGGAGGGAGCAGCACCUCCUGAAGUAGCAGUUCGUCGAGAUAACAGCUCGUGGAGCCGCUCCUAGUGGAGAGAGAUAGAGAGAGCACAGGGGAGGCCAUUAAGUUAUGUGUCGGUUGGUUAUAGACAAAAACUAGUCGGUAAACUGCGAGCAGCCUGUUAAGUUGGUGUAGCUUUGUUUGGUUCCAUGUGGUUGGUCUCUUGGCGUCAGUCGGUAACUGGAAACACUCUGUUGUAGCCGAUGCUGUUGUGUGCAAAUCUGUGUUGCAGCUUGUA